AUGACUGUCACUUCGGCAAACCAGUUUGACAAGCAAGCUGAUUUUAAAGAUCACGUCGUCUCCUCACUGCAUCAAAAUAGGGAGUAUCAUGAAUUUAUAUUCACUGACGUGCCUCCCUCCUGGGCGGACGCUGUGUAUCAGCUUAUUGAUGAGAUAAUCCCAUCUCGAACAUCCAGAAAAAGCUACAACUCUCAGAGCCGCGAGUUGCGAAUCAGAGUCAAGCCUACCGAGAUACUCGACUGUAUCCAGUCAUGGUUGUUUAAACAACCGCUUGUCUGGCUUGUGAAUGGCGAUAUCACACUACAAGAACAGGAGCUGUUUGAUCCAGGAGUCGGCACUACCCUUUUCUUUAAAUCCGGCCCAUAUAGCGGCUCCUGGAAGGAACCUGACUUCUUUUUCCGACCUAACAAUCAUAUUCUGCCGACCAUUGCGGUAGAAUCUGGCUGGAGCGAGUCCAAAGAACUACUUCGUAAUGGCAUGGACCUGUCGCUAGUCGGUGGCAACGGCUCCACUAAUGUUGUUAUUAUCGUCGAAUGGACAAAGUUACAAGAACGCGUCUCGGGCACUGUUGAGCUCUUCGUCAGAGAUACGAAUGGGAUGCCGACACUACAGCAGAGCGAGACUAUAUUCCCACGUCCUAUAAGUCCCAACAACCUCACGAUCAGAAGACGGGACCUUUUCGGACCAGCGCUGGUGCCAGGCCAUAAUGGCAAUGACAUCCUAUACUUGGAUCUCGAGCGAUUACGUAAUUAUGCCACCAGACGCCUCAGUUUUAUGAAUCUCGUUCCCUCUUAG